GCGCAGUAGAUGUUAAACAGCCAUCGAAUAAUUUUAAAUUCUCACGAAGUGGUUAGCAAUUCAAUCCAUAGAAAGUUUCGAAAUCCCACCCUUUUCCCCUUUUGACCAAAAAGCGAUAUCGUGAUUAAACGAAAAAGGACUGAAAAAAUCCGUUCCGGACGACUGAAUCCGUUUGUAAAUCCACGGCCAUACACUGGUGUCGGAAACAGUCACGUUAAAUUGAACCUCCGCUGUAGAUCGACAUUUUUUAUUUUCUCCGAGAUGUCCAGGGAAUUAGGAAUUUAACUUUAGUGGAUUCCAGAUUUCUUCAGGUGCUGAUGAUAAGAGUUGCGGGGACUUGAAUUUGGGCUGCUCCAAGACAGGCUGUUUGUCCAGGGAUUACUAAGGGUGAGUCCCCUCCUUGCUCUAGUCGUUACCGACCUAAGAGGAGUACCCUUAAGGCGACGACAAACUCCACUAACUUAUCAUAUUCCUGAAACAAUUCUGUCGUCAUUUACAGGAACUUUACAGAACUCAGCGAGAGGACUUCGUAACAACCAAAUCAUUCAGUGACACCAUUGUUUCGUCAUCUAAAUUAGUUCUUUAAACAAUUAUUUAUUUACUGGAUCUCAAGGAAUUUAUCUCGUGGACACCACAACAGCUAAACUGUUGCAAGAAUAACUUGUGUCAUACGUUCAUUUUAGACCUGCUCUAUGUGUAAAACUACAAAAAAAAAUGAAACUUAAGGAUACCAUUUGAUUGAUAACUUCCUAGUUUGUGAGAGACUUGUGAUUCGCCCUCACCCUAUAUUCUCGCGGUAUGAUGGCUGGUGUGGUUGUCCGUGCGCUGUGUGUUACAGUAUUUCUUGGUUUACCCGUGACCCAGGGUGGAAUAUCUUCUUCCUUUACCAACACGGUGUGUCAAAGGUCAGGCAGCGGAUGUGUGUGUUCCACUACGUCCAUCGGGCUAGUGGUCGAGUGUUCGAGUCGUUCCGCGGAAACAUUAUUUCCAUUGGAUCUACCAUCCCAGGCCGUCAAAAUCACUCUACGAAACUACAACGUCUUCAAGAUCAUGUAUGAAGAUUUCAAGGGUGCCGACCUGCUACAGGAACUGAAUAUCAUUAACUGUGGAGUCCAGGAGAUAGGGGACUGGGCGUUAUAUCGUCUAACAAAACUUCAAAAAAUAAAUUUGCACAUGAACAGGAUGACAGAGAUAACGAAGGACGACUUCUACCACAUGAUCAAUUUAGUUGAAAUUAACCUGAGCAAUAACUCUAUAUCCACCAUCCGCGGGGAUGCGUUUUAUUCUCUUCACAAUCUGAAGAAUUUAAAUCUUCUGGGAAACGAUCUGAAUUGUAACUGCGAGGCAAAGAGACUCAAAGAGUGGGCCUACCUCAGAACGGGAAAAGUAACCGUUCUUGAUGCGUGGUGUGCAAACAAACGCAGGCCACUAUUUGAUGUCUCAGAGUUCGGUUCAUGCCCAAUAGCAACAUUUUUCCGAAACCACACAUGUCACCUCUGCUCAUCUAAGUUCUCCCACAACGACUGUACCACACGGACAUGUAAUGCCGACGAGGCUUGUUAUUCAAAAAUAGACUACAAUAACGGGAAGGUUUUCAUAAAUAAAGGGUGUACAAUUGACACGGACUGCGUAAACAGAGAGAAACAGAACGUAAACAACUGUUACAGCCAGGAUGGACCACGUGCCUGCUUCUACUGUUGCCUUGACGACCUGUGUAACGGUCUCAGACUCGGUAGACGGACCAAACAAAUCUACUUCUACAUACCCAUCACUCUGAAGGAACCCAAGUUUCCCUACCUAUCUCAGGACUACAACACCACCUACCGGAUAGCCCUGGACAACCUUCGAUACAAUGUAAUACAAAAUUAUCACCUUAGCAACUGUUCGUUCUCGCAAGAUCAAGUCAAGAUUCUCCACGUCGGACCACCGAAUAUGACGAUUCAUUUCCAAGCUGUCUGUACAACUCUGAGAGAAUAUAAAAACACCGACAUCAAAUUGGCGUUGGAAUCGUACCUCAAAAGUCUGAGUACAAAUUCAGGAUUUAACCCUCCUCUCAUCAAAACGGAAAUCUUCUAUAAUGGGACAGACGUGUGUCAGAUGGAAGCCACGGGGUACGCCAACCAGGGGGUGUGGCCCUUUACCAAACAGGGCGACACUGCGCAGGUUUACUGCGCAGACAACGUGAUGGUAUCACGCCUGUGCACUGAGAACGGCUGGGCCCCGCCGCCAUUGUGUUCUAUCAGUACCACUACAUCCACGACCAGUCGACCAACUACCACCACCCCCUCGCUAGAAGAGCUCUCACAAACAACAGUCGACGACAGUUCUGCAGACGAUAUAGCAGAGCAGCUGUUCCAGCAGACGAUAGACACAUCACGUUUCACGGACCGUGACAUCAACAUGACGGUGUCACUCUUGGAGGAACUGGAGAAGCUAGACAGCACGUACUCAGCUGUCGGCAGGGAGAACAACAUGGUCGGCGUCAUGAGCCACAUACUGAACGCACCCGAGAACCAAUUCACUCUUGCCGAGAAGGAGUUCAAAUCUGCCAGCAGGUUAUUGGGUUCCAUUCAGAAGCUUUCCACGAAUACAAGUUUGGCAAGAGGUGACUUCAAGGUGAUAGGGGCCAACGUAGGUCUCCUCGCAACCGCCACCAGCAGGUCUAGCUUCAACGGGAUGGUGCUGGCGACUCUCGCUCACCCCAGCACAGAACUGGACGAUUCAAAUCUGGUUUUAAGUAAGGAUGGAACUAUUCCGCCACAGUCCUCAUCUUGGAUCCACCUCCCCCGAGAGCUGGUGACGGAACUUCCACCCUCGUCUCCCGUCAACAGAGUAACACUGGCUGCGUUCAAAAACGACAAGUUGUUCAAGGCCAUACGAUCCGGGUCCCAAGAUGAUGAUGAUGAUGAUGAUGAUGAUGAUGACGACGAUUACAUCAUCUACCAGAGCCAGUCUAACAGCGUCAUCCUCUCCGCACAGAUCCCGGAUGUUGACGUGUCCAACCUCGCCAACCCGAUAGAAAUGAGGUUCCAACAGAACAUCAAGCGUCAAACUGAAAUCUCGGACCAAGCGACAGCAGAAAACGCCACCUGUGGGUAUUUUAUCGAGACAGGACCUAACAAAGGCCACUGGUCAAGUGAGGGAUGCAGGGUCAAAGAUCACAAGCCAGGAGAAUAUACAGAGUGUCUGUGUGACCAUCUCACCAAUUUUGCUUUAUUAAUGGAUGUGUACGGUGUGGGUGGGGACCUGAGUCAGACCAACAAGCUGGUGCUGUCGUACCUGUCCUACCUGGGCUGUGGGAUCUCACUCCUCGGACUCAUACUCACACUCAUCACCUAUUUCUCCUUCAGAAAACUACGCAGUCAUAACCCCGCCAAGAUCCUGAUAAACCUCUGUAUUGCUAUUGCUGCGACAGACCUGAUAUUUUUGGCCGGACAACAGGAGUAUGCUCUGCAGAGUGACGUGGGCUGCAAGAUUGUGGCCGCCUUUCUCCACUUCUUCCUCCUGUCUGCAAUGUGUUGGAUGUUGGUGGAAGCCUACUAUAUGUACGUGGCCCUCAUACAAGUGUUCAACUCACACAUCUCUCUAUUCAUGCUGAAGAGUCUAACGGUGGGAUGGGGUAUACCUUUGGUCAUCGUAGGAAUCACGUUGGGAGUCAAUACAACGAAUAACUACGGCAAUCAAAAGGGGGGAAUAUGCUGGCUGAACCCUAUCCCGUUCUAUGCCUCCUUCCUGGCCCCAGUGGCUAUCAUUAUCAUCAUAAACUUCAUCGUAUUCUUCCUGGUCCUCCGUCAACUCUGGGGAGCGUCCACAAGAAACCUCAACAAAACAGACUCAACCAAAACUUCAUCGCGCCUGCGCGGAGCUGUUACCUUGGUGAUAAUGUUGGGUCUCACGUGGGUGUUCGCCAUUUUAGCCAUCGAUGGCGGCGCACCAGUAUUUCAGUAUUUGUUUACAGUGUUUAAUUCCCUGCAGGGAUUGUUUAUUUUUGUUUUCCAUUGCUUGUUAAAAACGGAUGCUCAAAAAGCAUGGAAGAAGGCAUGCUGUGGAGGAGAGAAGGAAAAAGACUCCAAAACCUCAAAAGGUUACUCCAGCAGCAAUGAUCAGGACAUUUCCAAGUCAACGGCGUCCUUUUCAGACAUCAAGACAGAUAUCCGACCCCGAGAGAAAUCGGCCAAUGGUGUAUCAAGUAAAAAUCGAGCCAAAGACUAUCCUUCUUAUUCCGGAUCUUCUAUUUAACCAGUUUUAUUAAGGUGAUCACAUGUUCUUUCACGUCGACCAAAACGUCACAAAAUGAAUCCCCACUUUAACUUUAUUGAACAGAGGGGUUGUCCAUAUCCGGCAAUAUUUUCUGAAUUUAUUCCCACAUAAAAUUAUUAUUGGGUAAAGUACUGCUCCGUGAUGAAAAGUCACAGAAUUUAGUACAAACAUUACCACAUUUACGGUGUCCAUGUGAUCGCGUUUAUGUUUAUUCAUGCAUGUCUUCACCUUAUAUUUUUAUAAUGUCACAUUUUGUAACAAUUACAGCUACAUUGUAAUCUAAUGACCAAAGAUGUAGAAUGUAGAUAAUUAGUGUGCCUGCGUGUUAAUGUUUGUAUGUUUUGAUUGAUUUGGUAUCUGUAACAAUACCUUUAUACAGCCAUUGUCACUAAAUAAUACUCGAUUUAUAACUUUGUCUCAUUUUCAUCACGGACAUAUAUAUUCCAUGUUCAUUGAAGAGUACAUUCAUAUAUACAUUUAGUACUAGUGCUUCACAUGCAUCAAAAGUUAUAAUUAUCAAUAACUUCAGAAUCACAGCUGGGCAUUGAACUGACUUGUAUUUACUUGAUAUUUAACUUCAAAAGACGGCAAUUAUUGUAUGUUUCUCGUUUUGAAACUACCUGGUAACACAGAAACAUAUUAAACACAAUGAAAGUAAUACCAGUAUACUUUGUACAGUAUAGAAUAACUUGCUUGUUAUCAGCAAUAAGUGAAAUUAACACGAUGUAAUGCAUCCCAUUGUUACGAUUGAGUCGAAAAUAAAAACUAACAACAA